AUGUCCACCGAAAUUCCUAAGCAGGGAUGGGCAGGUGUUGUUGUAAACGAGGGUCCGGACUUCAGUGUCGAGGUCCAGAAGCUGGAUGUGCCAGAGCCAAAGGAUGACGAGCUUCUGGUCAAGCUCAACGUGACUGGUCUCUGCAUGUCCGAUGUCCACUUCAUGGUCAACGACUGGGAUACUCCCAAAAUGUCAGAAAUGGGGGUGAAGUGUGCCGGCCACGAGGGCGCUGGCAUUGUCGUCAAGGUCGGCGCACGAUGCCAGGAUUCGUGGAAGGUUGGCGACCGCGUCGGCAUCAAGCCGCUGCUUGAUGUCUGUCACAACUGCGAGCAAUGCUGGAACAACAAGGAGAACUACUGCGCCAAGGCCAACUAUACCGGCCUCCACUCGCCUGGCACGUACCAGGAGUACAUGGUGACCCCGGCUAUCUAUACGAGUCGAAUCCCAGACGGCGUGCCUGACGAGGUCGCGGGCCCGAUCAUGUGCUCUGCGUCGACGAUGCACCGUGCGCUCAUCGACUCGGGCUUGAAGCCGAGUAACUGGGUGGUGUUCCCUGGGGGUGGUGGCGGUGUCGGCAUCCAGGGCAUUCAACUGGCAAAGGCUAUGGGAAUGCGUCCCAUUGCGAUUGAUGGCGGAGAGGUCAAGAGGAAGUUGUGCCUGGAGAUGGGUGCCGAGGCGUUUGUUGACUUUACGCAAACGGCUGAUGUUGCUGCCGAGGUCGUCAAAAUCGCUGAUGGCGUUGGCGCCCAUGGUGUAUUAGUCACAGCCUAUCAGGCUUACAAAGACUCGAUCAAGUUUGUGGGCAACAGGAUUGGCGCGAAGAUCAUGUGCAUUGCUCUUCCUCCAUCGGGGGUCGUCCAGGUCGCCGGCGAACCGAGUAUAUUCGUGUUUAAGAACCUGCAUGUUAUCGGGACACUUGUCGGCACGAUGCAAGACACAGCUGCUUGUCUGGAAUACGCCAGGCGGGGACUGCUGAAAGGAGUCUGCGAAGUGCGAGGCAGAUCGAGGUGGGCCGAGAGCGUUCAGGAGCUGAGGAGGGGUCAGGUCGCCGGGCGAAUCGUGAUAGACUUCAACAAGGAUUAG